CCUGGACGUCGUCUCGCGUGUUGCUCCUGCCUCAGAAACCGUGGGAUAAAAAUGGGUCUAGCGGGGAAGAACGCACGGAGUACAAAGAAAAGUGCCGAGCAGGGGUGAGUGGCGCGCGCACAUGUAGCUGGGCAUGGAUGUUGUGCGUUUGCUGCGGCGGGAGACGCGGUGGGGCGUGGCGUGCCUAAGAUUUUGGCGUCCCGUUUCUAGAGAGAGCUCCGACGACGGUGUUCGCGGGAAUCCGACCGGAGAUUAUCUGGUCGGACAAGUCGCCAAUAGUUUAUCCCACGACAGGCUCUCCUCCAGAAGCAGCCCAGGUCGCUUGGCGUCCCUCUUCAGCUCGUUUGAGCCUCAGCUUCAACCCGUGUACGUGUCUGUGCCUAAAGAAACAGCAAGAAAAAGGAAGCCGGAUGAGGAGGAAGAAAGUACAUCUCAAAUUCAAAGACCACUUUUUCAAGAACCUGCAAAAAAAAUGAAAGUGAAGAAGAAACACUCUGAUACAGACAAAAAGUUGGCAAACAGGGAAAGUGCUCUAGCAAGUGCUGAUUUAGAAGAAGAAAUUCGCCAGAAACAAGGGCAGAAAGGAAAAAAUUCUCAAUCUGGUGUUAAGGUUGCAGAUAGGAAAGUACUUGAUGUAGACGACACAGUUGUAAGUCAAAGAAAGAAAAUUCAGAUCAACCAAGAAGAAGAGAGAUUAAAGAAUGAGAGAACUGUGUUUGUUGGCAAUUUGCCCAUCGCCUGUAAUAAAAAGAAGCUGAAAUCAUUUUUUAAAGAGUAUGGACAAAUAGAAACUGUACGGUUUCGUUCUCUGAUUCCAGCAGAGGGAACUUUAUCCAAAAAGUUGGCAGCAAUACAGCGCAAAAUUCAUCCUGAUCAGAAAAAUAUUAAUGCCUAUGUUGUGUUUAAGGAGAAAAGUGCUGCUACAAAAGCAUUGAAAAGAAAUGGGACUCAAAUUGCAGAUGGAUUUCGUAUUCGAGUUGAUCUUGCAUCUGAGACUUCGUCUAGGGACAAGAGAUCGGUAUUUGUGGGGAAUCUCCCUUACAAAGUUGAAGAAUCUGUUGUUGAGAAACACUUUCUGGAUUGUGGGAAUAUCGUGGCAGUGAGGAUUGUGAGAGACCAAGCUACAGGACUUGGCAAAGGGUUUGGCUACGUUCUCUUUGAGAAUACAGAUGCUGUUCAUCUUGCUCUGAAAUUAAACAAUUCUGAACUAAUGGGAAGAAAACUCAGAGUUAUGCGUUGUGUUAAUAAAGAAAAGUUAAAACAACAGUAUUCAAGUCCAGGUUUGAAGAAUGUCCGUAAACCUAAGCAAGGACUUAAUUUUGCUUCCAAAAAUGCAGAAGGACAUUCUAAGAGUUUAUUUAUUGGAGAAAAAGCUGUUAUCAUGAAAAAGAAGAAGAAAAGACAGAAGAAAAGUGGACAAACUAAGAAACAGAGAAAACUGAAAUAGCAAUUAAAAGCUGCUUUUAGGCUGGGUCUGGUGGCUCACGCCUGUAAUCCUAACACUCUGGGAGGCCAAGGCGGGUGGAUUGCCUGACCUGACAGGUUCAAGGGCAGCCUGAGCCAAAGCAAGAGCAGAGACCCUAUCUCUAAAAAUAGCUGGGUGUUGUAGUGGGUGCCUAUAGUCCCAGCUACUUGGGAGGCUGAGGCAAGGAAAUCACUUCAGCCCAAGACUUUGAGGUUGCUGUGAGGUAAGUCACCACGGCACUUUACCCAGGGCAACAAAGUAAGACUGUCUCAAAAAUAAAUAACUAAAAACUGCUUUUUACCCAUCGAUGUCUUUAGUAAAUAUAUCAUUAUCUGCUAAUAGUUAUGUAAUGAGUUUUACAGUUUUUUAUGAAUAGUAUAUACAAAAUAUGGAAAUUUCCACAUUUCUUCAUUCACGCUGUAGUACUACUUUUGAAACAUUGGAUACCAUGGGUUAUGUAUUACUACU